GUGUUUUGGUUUCCUGAGGAGAGCAAUCAAAUUCUCCAACAAACAGCGGCCCCGAUUGCGGUCUGCACGCGUGCGGCAACUGCAAACAGCCAACGGUCGACGGGAAUCGCGAAAGUGGACGAAUUUACCAUUCGGUAAGCUUUUGCUGCUGCUGGCGAGCUGUUGUGGCACGCGUUCUUUUCUGCACCGCGAGGGACGAGCGGAAGUUUACGCGGCCAUCGUGGUUGCACAGAUUCGCCCAACUCGGUUCCCUUAAAUCGUGCGUGUUGGUAGCCGUUCUUAUUCCGAUGGAUUAUUAAUUGUUUUGUCAUGAAACUGUCCCGUUAGCGAUUAGCUGUUUUCCUUCGUAGUGACUCCUUGGUUAAUUUUCAUUGCGCGUUUCAUUUUACCCUGUGUGUUCGUGGACGCGCGUGUGUGUGGCUGUGUGACGCCGUCUCUAGCAGAUCAGCAACAACAGAGCAGAAGAUCGCGUCGGCAAGUGUGAUAAAGCGUCUGUGCCGGUGAAGAUAACAAAGUAACCCGUGUCUUAGCACUCGAAUCCGAUAAACCUCCAUUGCAAGUGCGACCAUCAUCCGUCAGACAAGCGCCCGUGGAGAGGGGUACGCGAUUGUCGGAAAAGUGAUUUUGCUAAAAAUCGCCCCGUGUGUGUUGCGUACCGUUUCGCAAAGAUAACGACCAAAUUUGCCACCAUAAUGGACUUCAAACAAAACGGAUCGCCAACCCCAACGUCGUCGUCGUCGUCACAGCAGCAAACUUCCGCCGUCGGUGGCGGCGGUUACGGUAGUGGGAAUCCGGGCACGCGCCUGCAAGCCCUAAAGCAGCAGCAGUUUCCGGCCGGUGGAACGAACGGUGCGCCACCGUUACGCCGGAGGUGCCGCAGCGAAAGUCUUCCAAUGGCUCCCCUCCUGUACGGUAGCGGUGUGGUGGAGCAGCAGGGAACCGGUAGUAGUAGUAGUAGUAGUAAAGCGAAAAAGAUGCUUCCCCAUCACUCGCAGCAGCAGCAGCAGCAGCACCAUAAGCAUAAGCUGUUCCCCGGUGUCGGCGGUGGCAGUACCGCCCUCCAUGAUCAUCCUGCCUCGGCGACGGCCGCCGGUGGUUUAUGCAUCGAAUCGUUUUCCUUGCAGCAGCAGCAGCAGCAACCUCGUAAAGUACCCACACUGCCACUAGCGAGCCAUGAACUACUGCCAACGAUCGGAUCGAACGCUGCCUCCGGUGCCGGCCUGCUGGUGGCGAAGGAGAAUGUCGCGCAGAACCACUUCAAUCAGAAUUAUGGUGCUGCCAACCACGGGGGUGUGAACGCGAAGGACGUGUACAUGAGCGAGCUGGAUGGGUUCCGGAAGGACCGUCGGAAUGGGGGGUACUAUGUGCCAAACGAAUGGCAGCUGGAGUCACGCUUUGCGCGCAACCUGGAGGCGAACUUUGCCACCCGGGCUACCAUUCUCGAGCGCAGCGGAAGAAAGCUGCGCGCCCGCAGCGAAUCGGAACCGCAGGAGUUUCUUUACCACAGUGCCCACACCAGCUACGUUAGUGCUGCUACUGCCAGCGGGAGCAGUAGUCUGCUGACCGGACAGCGAACAAGCAUGGCGGGACAGCGCGAUCGGUUUAAUCGAGACAAUACACUUAAAAGAACUCGUGAUACAAUUUCACCCACACUGGAAGCUGAUGAAUCUCUCGCGAUGAUAACCGGCGGAGAGGAUGGAUUUAGCGAUUACGGCAGUUCCUCCUCGCAGGCGACGCUUUCCUCAACCUCGCUAUUAGCUGCCACUUGCCAAAAAGACUCACCACCAUCGAAAAUGGCCAACGCAGCGGAAGACAUGGACGUUAGCCACGAUCACCAUCUGUCGGGCCGCACGACGACCACAACCGCCGCACGCAGCACCAAAUCCUCAAAAGCCUUAUCCGGUGCGGUCGGCGGCGGACAGCUCCGUUCGACCAAGUUGGCCGUGCGCGCUAACCGGCUCGCAUCGAGUCGGUUAAAACCGAAACUAGCUAGUACACUGACCAGUACCGGCAUCGUCGGUACACCGGUGCUAUCGACCACCUCCGAAGCGCGGCGUAAAUCGGCCUCUCCGCAACCGAGUCAAAAGGGAACGACGGCGGCAACCACGACGGCCAUCAUUGGCGCACUGCAUCAUCCCAAUGGUAGUACCUCACCGACGCCGUCGGGCGUGUCGAUCGGUACCAGUGGCGGUGAGUCGGUCCACACGCAAGACCUCGACGCGGAAACGAUCGAUCAGUCCGAUGCCGGCGACGACGAUGACGACGAUCUGGACGAUGAGUGUAAUGGGGAGGAUGACGAUCUGGAUGACGAGAUCGCCAACUGCGGCGACGAGGUGCUGGACGAUUCAUUGACCGAUUCCGAGGACAACUAUCGCUCGUACCUGGCGGCCGCGUACCAGAAGGCAAAAUCGCAAUCCGGUUCACCGUCACCUUCGCUGGCGGGUGGAAAAGCGACCCCUGUUGCCACUUCCAUCGGUGGCAUCGUUGGUGGGUACGCCCCGGAGGGACCACUGGCUCCCAGUCUGUUUCCUUACGUUCCGCCUUAUCUAACGUUUGCGGAGCACGACGAAAAAGGGCCACCGAUGCCACCGUCCAUUCAUAAGGUGUUGAAGUGGAAGCUUACACUGAUCACUCCGAUCGUCGUGCGCAAGGUGCUUAUCAACAGUGGGUUCCGUUUGCUAAAGAAAACAAACGAUUGGGUCGGCAUUUGGGGAAAGCACAUGAAAAGCACCUGCUUCAAGACGCUACGGCCGUAUCAAAAGUUCAACCACCUGCCAGGCAGCUUCCAAAUCGGCCGGAAGGAUCGCGUGUGGCGCAAUCUGCAAACGCAGAUGAACCGCCACGGCAAGAAAGAGUUCGGUUUCAUGCCCCGUACCUACAUCAUCCCGCAGGACCUGAAGAUGCUGCGCCAGCUGUGGCCCCGUUACAAUCAGCGCAACUGCAAGUGGAUCAUCAAACCGCCGGCGUCAGCCCGUGGCACCGGCAUCAAGGUGGUUAACCGGUGGUCUCAGAUCCCCAAGCGGAAGCCACUGAUCGUGCAGCGGUACAUCGAGCGGCCGCUGCUGAUCAAUGGCAGCAAGUUCGACCUGCGCCUGUACGUACUCGUGACAUCGAUGAACCCGCUGCGGGUGUACAUGCACACGGACGGGUUGGCCCGGUUCGCUUCGGUGAAGUACAGCGAAAAGUCGGAGACCCUCAACGAUCGGUACAUGCAUUUAACGAACUACAGUAUUAACAAGCUGUCAAACAACUACAGCCAGAACGAGGAUGCGGACGCGUGCCAGGGCCACAAGUGGACCGUCAAGUCGCUCUGGUCGUACUUCACCGAGCAGGGCAUCAACGUCGAUCGGCUGUGGAGCGCUCUGCGCAAUCUAGUCCUUCGCACGGUCCUGGCCGGCGAGGGUCCCAUCCACGCUAUGUCGAAGGUGAACGUCGGCAGCAAGUACAACUGCUACGAGCUGUUUGGCAUUGACGUGCUGCUCGACUCGGAGCUCGUCCCGUGGUUACUUGAGGUAAACAUUUCACCCUCCCUUCAUUCGGCCUCGUCGCUGGAUCUGCGUGUCAAGGGACCAUUGGUCAAGGCGUUGCUAAAUACGGUCAUGUAUCAGAUUCCUCCCAGAAUACCAAUGGCGGAGCAGAAAGAAAUACUAAGAGAGCAGGGUCUCGAGGGGCCGCUUUGCUUCGAUAAGCGCAUCUACACUACCGGCCUUUCGAAGGUGGAACGACUGAAACACACACAAUUCAUCCAAAAAGACAUGGCACGGGAAGAUUAUCUCAGCACCAUUCUGGAGGAACUGACGCCCGAUGACGUGCGCUGUUUACUGCUAACCGAGGACGAACUUUCUCGUAGUGCCCCACUGGAAAGGAUUUUGCCCGCUCCCAAUAGCCACCGGUACAUCGGCUAUACCGAACAUCCACGGUACUACAACCGGCUGCUGGAUGCAUGGGAGCACCGUUUCAGUCACAACCGCUCGGAAGGAAUCGCACUGCUACGCUCCCUUUGUGAGCGUAAGGUGCACCUACAGGUCCCUCCCAGUACGCUGAAAAAGGACUGCAACAAUAAGCCGGGGACGGAAAGUACAAACAGCGAAAACGGUUCGCAGGACAGCGGCAUCCACACGGACCAGCAAACGAGCCUGUCCGAGAUGCCGUCCCAGGAGUCGUCCUCCGUCUACCAGUCGCAGGAGUCGAUCGAUCAGCUACCGGAGGACACUCCCCGUCGCAAGGUGGCCAGCCACACAGACACAGCGACAAAUGACGACAACGACAUCCUCGUGGUCACCCCGCAGCCCAUUGUUAUUCGUGCCAUUUAUCCACCGGGCAGCGACAACCUACUCACGACGCAAACGAUCGAGGUUCCGGUACCGGUGCUGCAUGGCGCCGAUACGGACGUGCCGCCGCUGCCCGCCGCCAGUGAACCAAUGGUGACGGCCACAGUCGACGAUGUCACGUCGCAAACGCCACGCUUGAGUUCGACGACGGACGAUGGGGACAGCAUUCGACUGGGGGACAAAAUUAAACUUAUCCUUGACGACGCGCUGCUGUUAAAGCAGCAAGAAUGUGGGGGUGGUGAUACGGAGAACACAAUUAUUGUGCAGGAGUAAAAGAAAUACAAAGAUGCUCUCAAGUACUUUAAAGUGUGUGGAGCAGCACGUUCGUAGAAUCAGCGCGCGAUAUUUCCCUCGGCUGGGAAACUCUAUUUGUUAAUAUUUUCUUCGCCUUCUUUUCUACUAUGCUUUGUAAAUGUAUGGUUAGCUUCAAUUGUCUCUUUACUGCCCCGGCUCCAUAUCACUUACACCGCGCAAAUUUACGUACUGUUAAUCGGUUUUUCUGCUACUUCUGAUCAAAGCCACCAUAGUUUAUUCUUUUCUUUACUCGUAUCUUAUCAUAGCAAACUCCAUCGAGCACCUUCGUUGGGAGUUGCUAAAAUUAAGUCCAUAAACAGCCGUACUUUAUCCUUCUCUCAAUAUCGAAACGAAACGUGUGCCGAUUUGAGAUCCCCGAUUAGGAUGAGAUUUUUUUUCUGUGGGUUUGUUAGGUUAAGUAAAUAAAAAACAUUGUGAAAACCAG